AUGAGUGGGGAGUGUAUGGGUGAUGGUGGUUCUAUGGGAGGGAUAGAUAGUGGAUUGAUGCUUAAUAAUUGGCAGGAGGUUGUUGAUUUGGGAUGUAUGGUUGUUGGGUCAAGGAAUGAUGGUGUGUCAGGCAAAGUUAAAAGUAAAGGUGUUGAUUAUAACAUUCCAAAUAAAGCAGAUGACAUUCAUUUGAUCAAUGAAAGUCGAGCAAAACGUUGUUAUGGUUGUGAAGCUAGUCUGUGCAAUGAAGAACCAACCAACAUAAACGUUGAAGAUGGCCAAGCCGAUAUGAAACAACAAAUGGUUGACGAUGCUCAUGGCGAUGACAUUGUUGAGAAGAGAAAAACUCUCAAGGCACUAACAAGAGUAGGUUACCAAGCACAAUUUUGCAUACGGUACGAUCCAGAGGAUGGUGAAGGGGGAAAGUAUGUUGUGACUCACUUCAUCGCAGACCACAACCAUGAAUUGGCGGAACAACACUGUGUGAUGCAUCUGAGGUCACAUCGGGGUUUAAACAGCGCUGACAAAGCUCAAGUAAUGGCCAUGCGCAACGUCAGUGUGAAGACUAGCCAAAUCAUGGACUAUAUGGUAAAUCAAUUCGGGUGUUAUGAGAAUGUUGGUUUCAUCCGUACAGAUCUGCACAACCACAUUCAAGCCGAACGUAGAGCAGAAGUUGAGGAUGGUGAUGCGCAGGGUACUUUGGUUUACCUAUGUGCAAAACUUGAUGUUGACCCAUGUUUUUUUUACAAGUAUGAUGUGCGUAAGGAUAACAAGUUACAAAAUCUGUUAUGGACAGAUUCGAAAUCACGGGCUGACUAUGCAAAGUUUGGUGAUGUGUUGAUAUUUGACUCAACUUAA